CUACGACACUGUGGCCUAACCACUGCUGGCUGUAGCCAUUGUAGCCACUUUCAAAAACGAGAGUACGAAAGUAAUAAAGUGAUCUUUUUUUUUUUUCGUGAUUUCUGUAGGUCAUGUCAUAGUCUUGUCCCUGGAAUAAGCAGUGUGUGGUUUGGAGUACAGCGGGUGCAGUGUUCAGCAGUUGCGGCAGCCAGCGGGAAACGUCGGUGCCUGGAAGGUUGCCCCUGUUCGUGUGCCGUGGUUGCUUUGGGCGCGUCAGCUGAAGAAGCGUUCUGAGGCGUCAUCGCAAAUGUCGCUGAACGUGACCGCACUGCCUAAGUGGAUGUUGGCAAGCGAGCUGGAAAGCGCUGCUCCCUUCGAUGUCCACACAGCGGCAGCUUUUGGCUUCGUGUCGCGUGUGCGAGAGCUUUUGUAUACGAGGAGAGAUGUGGAUGCGCCCAAUCGUGGUGGUUGGACGCCCCUGAUGCAUGCUGCCUGUUCUGGCCAGCGGGACACACUGCGGCUGCUGCUGGAGCUGGGUGCCAACGUUAACAUGCGAGGUGGCAGGCAUGGGCGCACAGCCGCUAUAAAUGCGGCCAUGUAUGGAUAUCACGAAUGCAUUGCCCUUCUUCAUGAGUAUGGUGCCGACCUUGAGCUGAGGGACUGUGAAGACCGCACGGCUCUGUUCCAUGCUGCUGCUCUGGGCCAUGUUGCAGUGGUGCAACUGCUGGUUGAUUUGGGGGUCAACAUCAACUGUGUAGAACACUUUAGUGGGCACAGUCCGUUAAGUAUAGCAGCUGACGAGAACCACGACAGUGUAGUGGAGAUCCUCCUCAAUGUGGGCUCAAGGUUCUCUCGUGCCACAACAAAUGGCAGUAGUUCUCACCCUUUCCAACCUGGCAAUAUUUCCAAGACAUCACCGUGUGGUCGUGCCAGGAGGUCACCAGAGGUUGAGAGUCUGGUUCUUCGUUGUGCCAAUUUAGCUCUGCAAGGAGCAUUGCCACAACCUGGUCUGCGCCUGCCUUCGAGGUCAGCUGUCAACAACCUUGCCGACCUUCUUGAUCACUUCGGCCUGUCCAAGUAUGUACCCAUGUUGGAGGCUCAGGGCAUUGACCUUGACCAGUUCCUGACGUUUGGCGAUGCUGAACUUGAGCAGGCAGGCAUUCGCCUAAUUGGCCCUAAAAGGAAAAUGGCCCUUGUGAUUUCCUGCUGGAAUGAACGGGAACGGCAGCAGGUGAAACACAAGGCAACAGCAUUGGAGCAGCUGCAAUGACUCAUCUUUAUUGUGAUGUCCUUUUACUUUAAAGUGCCUUGCCAGAAAAUUUGCUUAUUUGUUGUAAGCUAUUGUGAGGGAUUGCUGUAUAGAGAGUCUAUUUUUGCAAGCAUUUUUGAGAUGUGUAUUGACAGAUUUUAUUGUGAGAGAGGGGAUAAAUGUUCGCUGUAUCAUUCCCAGCAGUCAGUCUCCUACAUUGUGGUGGUCGAUGACAGACUUUUGCUUUACGGUAAGAAGCCAUGCUGUACUGGAUGUAUUUGCAGUGGUAGAUUUGUGCAUACAUUUCACAAGCAUCCUCAUAUUGUAGUGCUGAUGUGGGCUGUUGGUGCGCUGUAAGUGCAGGAUGCACAACUUAUAAUGUCACCUCAGUUCGCAAUGAAGUGGUGUUCGAAGUUCCAGCUGAUCUCUCGUGGUGCACUGGUGGAAUUGAUUCAAUUCAAUUCAAUUCUUUUGGUUAUGGGUUUAACCAAAACUGGUUGGAGCCAUAGCCAAAGGUUAGUCUUCUCUAAACCCGUUCAUUGACACUUCGUCUUCUUGGUUUGUUCCUUUGUUUUAGAAACUAAACAGGGGAGAGGCCUUUUAAAAACUUUAGAAAGCUUUCUUUUGGAGGCCUAACUUGUCAAGAGGAUUACUUGCACGUACAUGUGGACUUCCUUGACAAAUUGACACUUUUUGCGUCUGAAAGUUUAAACAAAGAGCCAGUACGUAGAAAAAGAAUUCUUACUCAGAAAUGCUGUGUUAUUGUCUAUUAUGGAAAUCCCCACUGUGAAAAUAUCAGGCUGCUUACCACACUUUAUAUUUGGCAUUGCUUAAUUUAAAAUUUUGAUCAAAAGCCAUGAAUACAUAAAUAAUCUAUACCUGUGGCACAUGAAGCAUAUAUCGUAUUGGUUUCCAAAGUUAGUGUAAAAAUUAAAAUAGAAAAACUUAAAAAAAUAUAAACAUGAUUCAGCUCUCUGGCUGGGAGCUGUUUAACAAUGACUGCCAGGAGCUGAAAUGUUUUUUACUCCUUAUAGUGUGGUUGGUGUUCAUUUUUAACCUUUUUUGAUGUUACUUCUCGACCUGAUGAGCUUCUGUCAAAAUCUCAACCUUUAAGGUAAAGCUAAAGGGAAACAGUGAUUUUGAGUGUAAAUUUUGUGAUUGGUGUUCCAGAAGUGUGUUCUUAGUAUGACAGCAAUUAUUUCAUAGGUGUUCUAGGGAAGAAUACUUUGUGGUCACCUUUUUGAUUCACUGUAUGCACAUUUGCCCAGCCUGUCGUGCUUCAAGUGGAGAGGAGGUUGAGGAGCUGUGCUGUGUCCAUUAUGUUUGUUGAUAUGGAGGGAGCUGUGGCAACAUAUUGCACACGCAAACUGCUCACCCUGUUUGCAGACAUGACGAACCACCAUUAGUUGGGCGAACUGUAUCGCAGGAAAGCUGUGGUUGUAAGUGAAGCAUAAGCUCAAGAGGAAGGUGCCUCCAUGAAGGAAGCCAAGGAGAGAGUGUAGCCAAUCAGAGGUGGCCUUGUGUGCCUGUAGUUGUCCAGGAGCAAUCCUCCCUUGAACAUGUUACUUGGUUUAUUUAAUGACAUGCAGAAUUUUAUACUUACAAUGUUUCAUCUAGUAUUAUACUUUUUAUCAGCUCAAUUGGGCAAUACUAAUAGUAGUUAUAUUCUUGACUAAAAAAUACUAUAAUUGUAUGCUAUUGAAAGUUGUGAAUUUCAACGAAACAGGGGUGACAUGUGUCAUUGUCAAUGCAAAAUGGUGUAUGCAAUGUCUCAGCAAACCAGUGAUACAUCUCACUGUUCCCUUGGGCAUAAAGUUUAUUUUACCAAACAUAGCUAUUAGUUGUUUAUCGUUCACAAGCCACCUGCUUUUCACAAUUAUCAUCUUGCAUGCCGGCACAUGCAAGGGCCAUAUGUCUUGCAGAAUGCUCUUUGCAGAAUGCUCUUUUUGAUUUAGCCGGGGAAUGGGGACUGCCUCAGUUCAUACCUGUCUUCAUUGUAACUGACAGUGCCAGAAACUUCCUGAACGCUGCAUUGCAAAUGGGAUAGGUAUGCAUUCAAUGCUUUACACAUUUCUUGCAACUUUGCAUUAAAUGUGUGAAGAAAUUCACCCCCAACUUUGAGCAACUGUGCAACAAGGCACUAGAAAUUGUAGGAUACUAUGACAGGAGCUCUGAGGCCAGGAAUCUCCUCAAGGAAUUUCAUACAAGCAUGGGUAUAGAUCCCCUUGAAGUAAUCCAAGACGUAACUCAUUGGAACAGUUAGUAUGAAAUGAUGGCUGGCCCAUUAAAGCUUUGUCAUUUGAUAUGGCAUAUAAAACUAUUAUUUGUUUACACAACAUCAUAAUGGUUAAAAUCACAAAAAGAGCCAAAACCACAAAAUGACAUACGAAUCCUAUAUUAUACGUUGUCAUUAUAAGAGCACACAAUUUGAAAACAGCAACAUCGUCGACUAGAUUGCUGCUGAAAACAGUUGCAAAAAGAUAGAUACAUAGGUAUGAAUUUGUAACGCGGCGUAGGAUCAAGUACACAUUUUAUUGAACAACUUAUUUAAACAAGUUUAUGAACUAUAAACAAAUUGAAAAAUGUGUCACUUAAACAAGAACUCUGUAUUAGUAACUUGACACAGAUUCAUUGCUUUUUGGGUUUAUUGAUGUGUUAAUAUCGUUGGCGCAGUUUACGAGGCAAGCAAUUCGCUGUCAAUGGCAGCUGUGAACAAGUUUAUGGAUGAUUCAGUGGUUAGGGUACGUUUCAGUAAGUUCCAAUCUUUAAUUGUUAGAGAGAAAAAUGAAUAUUUGAAACACUUAGUGUUAGAAGAGUGUUCGGCAAGAGUAUGACAAUCAUUAUGAUAGGUUGGUCUGCAGUGAAACAAAAAUGUAUACCCUGAAGUUUCAAUUUUUAUUAUGUUGUGUAGUUGAUGAAACAUUACUUUUAGUCUUGUUAGCUUUGUUCGGUUAUGUAGUGUUUUGGGCUGUAGGUUUUGCACUGUAUCAAUGAGUCUGUCUGUCUAUACUUGUCAUAAAUAAAGUUUAUGGCUUUUUAAA